AUGAGCUCUACAUUUUGGCUCCUCAAGGUGUCGGUCUUGACCUUGGGGCUUGGCAUUAUUUUAUUUAUAUUGGGAAGCACAUACCUCUAUGAGGAGUCCAGUGGUCUCAAACCAAAGCUCCCACUUUCUGUGCCGACUGUCCAGAUACUGAAGCUUCUACCUGAAGGGCAUCUCAGGGACCUCUUCACCUAUGAUGGAGUCUGGCUGUUCCCGAAAAAUCAGUGUGAAUGUGGAGCUGCCAGAUGGCGGGGCUCUAACUUUCAGGACGCCUACGGCCAGAGCGACCUCCCCGCAGUGAAAGUGAGGCGACAGGCUGAGUUUGACCACUUUCAGAGGAGAGAAGGGUUGCCCCGCCCACCACCCCUGCUGGCUCAGCCCAACCUCCCCUUUGGGUACCCCGUCCACGGGGUGGAGGUGAUGCCCCUGCACACAGUUCCCAUCCCAGGUCUCCAGUAUGAAGGACCAGAUGCCCCUGUCUAUGAGGUCACCCUGACAGCUUCUCUGGGUACACUGAACACCCUCGCUGACGUCCCAGACAGUGUGGUGAAGGGCAAAAGCCAGAAGAAAAUGACCAUUUCAACCAAUAACCGGAAACUUUUGAAUUUCAUCCUCCAGCACGUGACAUACACCAGCACAUUGUACCAGCACCGCAGGGUGGAUGUGGUGAGUCUGGAGUCCAACUCCUUAGUGGCCAAGUUUCCAGUGACCGUCUGCUAUCCCAUCAUACCCAAGUUAUAUGACCCUGGACCAGAAAGGAAACUCAGGAACCUGGUGACCAUCGCCACCAAAACUUUCCUCCGUCCCCAAAAGCUCAUGACCAUGCUCCAGAGCAUUCGUAAGUAUUACCCAGAUUUGACCGUGAUCGUGGCUGACGACAGCAAGGAGCCUCUGGAAAUCAAUGACGAAAACGUGGAGUAUUACUUCAUGCCCUUUGGGAAGGGUUGGUUUGCUGGUAGGAACCUGGCCAUCUCGCAGGUCACCACCAAAUACGUUCUUUGGGUGGACGAUGACUUUCUCUUCAACGAAAAGACCAAGGUCGAGGUGCUGGUGGAAGUGCUGGAGAAAACCGAACUGGACGUGGUAGGCGGCAGUGUGCUUGGAAACACGUUCCAGUUUAAAUUGUUGCUGGAGCAGGGCAAGGAUGGGGACUGUGUUCACCGGAGGGCAGGCUUUUUCCAGCGCCUGGAUGGCUUUCCCAAAUGCGUGGUAACCAGUGGUGUUGUCAACUUCUUCCUGGCACACACAGAGCGGCUCCAGAGAGUUGGCUUUGACCCCCGCCUGCAGCGAGUGGCUCACUCAGAGUUCUUUAUUGAUGGGCUUGGAAGCUUGCUUGUGGGGUCAUGUCCAGAAGUGACUAUAGGUCACCAGCACUAUUCCUCAGUGGUGGAUUCGGAGCUGACCACCCUGGAGAAGACCUAUAAGACAUACCGGGCCAACACCAAGUCCCAGGUCCAGUUCAAGCUGGCCCUCCACUACUUCAAGAACCAUUUCCACUGUUCUACCUGAAGGUGCUGGGCAUCGGAGAAGCAGGCUCGCUGGUCAUGGUAACAGAAUAAAGGAACCAGUGGUCAAGUGGCCAUAAACAGGACUUCUGGGGCGACUAGAUUGGGCCAGACUGUACCAGUCAAAGCUAAGGAUUAUGAGAAAUGGACCAUUCACUGAUCAAGACAAUGGAGACUGGAUUGACAAUCAUUUGUCUGUAUGUUGCCUCAUCAUUUAUGAAGCAUUGGCACAUGUAACAUCUCUCAUCAUCCAUUUGUUCUCACACCAAAGAGCUUGUUGGUAUCCUUAGUCAAAAGUAUGGCUGCCGGGUCCUUGAGGGUUAAUUUGUGGAAAUUUUAACACACUUGGAAACAUCCUCUCCAGCAUCACUACCAUGCGCAAAUUUUUAUCUGGUCCUAAGGCAAAUAAUGUAAAUAACCCAGGGCCCUUGCCAUGAGGCGGUCGCAGCCUAGCUCAGUGGCAGUAUUGGCAGAUGGGGGCCAGAGGGUCUGUGGUGAGAGCAUGAAGAGCGCUCUGGAGUAAGCCCAUCUGGACCUGGGACGAUGGUUGGGGUUCAGGCAGUUGGGGAGGGAGGAGAGCUCUGGGGUAUCCACUGUCUGCCGGAAGAAAGAUCUCCCUGGCAUCAGACUCACUAUCACAAAGACACAUUCCAGAGCGCCAGGGAUUGAACUUGGACCCUGUGCCAAGAUGCUAUGAUAAACUGGGUAAGGCAACCAUUGAAGUCUAGGGACUUGAGACCAACCGCUGACCGGUCAAGACCCGUGUCAUCACGGUCAAGACCUGUGUCAUCACGGAGGCGCCAUCAUGUGGUGGUGACAAAGGCCUUAGCUAUGAGCUGGGAGUCAGCCAAUGCUACAAAUGCUGCUGUGGUUGCUCCUCUUUCCUCCUGAAGAUGGUCUAGGGUAGUUUAGGGUCUCUGAAAAUGUGUCUGUGGGGCUAUUAACAAAACUUCACGAAAAAGUGUCUUGAUGAUCAAAUAACCUUGAAAACUCCUACAUACUGAUCCUUCCUCUUGGAAAAUUCACAUUCACAUACGGAAAGCUCCCAGAAGUUGUCCUGCAGUAAAUAACUCGGUUAACUUUCUCUCAUGCAACAUUUUUCAGAUAUGGAUAUAGGCUGGCAGUCAGUUUUUAUUCUCCCAAAUCAAA